AUGAAGUUGAUAAUAUUGAUUAGAUCAAGUAUGAGUGCAAAAAUGGAUCAUAGAGUAUUUUGUGUAGGAUUAUCAUGGUCAUUUAUAAAUAGUUUGGGUAAUUCAUUAAUAGUAAUAUGGAAAGGAGAUGGUACAGAAGAUAUUGAAUUAAUAACAUUAGUUGAUGUAUUAAGAAGAGCCGGAGUUUCAGUAGUAUUAGCAUCAGUUGGUGAUUCUGUUAAUUUAGUACUUGCACAUGGUACUAAAUUAACAGCAGAUGAUAAAGUUGUUAAUCUAACACAAAAAACUUUUGAUCUUAUUGCUGUACCUGGUGGUCUUGUUGGUGCUACAAAUUGUGCAAAUAAUGUAACAUUAAUACGUAUGUUAAAAGAACAAAAGAGUAAUGGUAGAUUAUAUGCAGCGAUUUGUGCUAGUCCAGCAUUAGUAUUUGGUGAUUGUGGAUUACUCGAUGAUAAAACUUCUGCUGUAGCUUUUCCUGGAUUUGAAAAUAAAUUACCACUUGUUGGUACUGGACGUGUACAUGUUUCUAAUAAUUGUGGUAUCUUCCGUUACGUAACAUCACAAGGACCAGGAACAGCAUUAGAAUUUGCAUUGAAGUUGGUAGAAUUAUUAUGUGGAGUUGAAGCUAAAAAUAAAUUAACCAAAUCAAUGCUAUUACAUCCAUCCAUCAAUAUUAAUUCAUUAUAUGAUUUGUUGAUAUGUAUGAGUAGUAAUAAUAAUCGACUGAAGAUGGCCAUUAAAGUGACUGAAAAGGGUACAAAGUAA